AUGAAUCAGGAAAGCGUUGGGGUAGUGUUGGAUUCAAGCCCGAACCGAAACAAUAGUAGCACUCUGAAUAAUAAUUACUCGAGAAAACAGUGCAACAUGUCUGUUGGGGGAGGGAAUGCUCAAUCUAACUUCCAAGAAAGAAAUAAUGAGUCCCGGUUUGGGCUUUCCCUUAAUUCAAAGUAUUUAGCCAUGAAUAAGAAGGAAGAUGAAUUUCAUGCAAAAAUCAGUCUUGGAUCUCAUCAAACUGCUUCUCCGAAGGUAGCUCUACCAACAAUCAACCAAGAGGUGGGUUAUUCUCCAUCUAAAAAAGCUCCAUCGAUCCCCUCUGAGAUGGAAUUUCCCAUUCAACUUCCAAGCAGUUCUUUUUUAAACUCAUCUCCCACCAAGCAUAACUCUGUUCUGUCGUCCUCAGGACCUGUAAGUCCAAUUGCAAAAGAUUCAAGAUUUUCUGGGAACAAUCACUUUGGUUCUCCACAUACAAGAACAAACACUCAUGCAUUUUCACAUUCAACAUUUAACUCUGCUUUCAGUCCCACAAAACGAUCCUUUCAAAAAACCACCACAAGUAGCAGCGUUUCAACUCCCACUAGUUCUUAUUUGAGAGCUGCAGCAGAAAAAGGAACUCCUUUGUGUCCCAUCCAUGAGCUACCUGUGGAUAUUUUGUGUACAGACUGUUCCGAGUUGAUUUGUGCCAAAUGUUCACGAACACCGCUCCACAACAUUCAUUCCUGCAAAUCAAUUGACGAGUUGGACAGAGACAAAGAGUGCCGAGAUGUUCGUGCAAGCAUUGAGGUCCUUGAUUCAAGAAUUACUGAUUUGGAAAUUAAAAGUGGUUCGUCACAUGACAUUGAAGCAAUACAGCAACUUCAUGCAGAGGCAGUAGAGGAAAUACGGAAAUCUUUCGAGAGAGCACGUGAAAUUCUCCAUGAACAGGAGCAAGAUCUUAUUUCUUCUCUCAACUUGAUCAUUCAAUCUCGGAUACAACUCAAUACUGACAUUUCGACAACCAAACAAAAAAUCAUUCAAGCAUCAGCCAAGCUGUACACUUGCAGUACAGGAAAACAUUUUCAUUUGGUUCAACAGGGGAGUGAAACUUGCCAGCUUUUCUUCAUAGUGACAUGUACUUUUGUUCAAUUGUUACAAAAACGGUGA